AUGGCCCCGAAGACAGGCGCCGUCGCCGAUGCAUGGGACGACGAUUGGGAAUCGCUUGCUGAUGUACGUUGUCUCUCGGGACUCUGCGACCGCGCCGCUGACAGGGCACAGAAGCACGAUGAGCCCUCGCAGAAAGGCGAGCCCGCCCCAGAAGUAAAGCUUUCCAAGGCUGAGCGCAGGGCAAAGCACGCUGAGCUCAAUCGGCAAAUAUGGGCGUCCGCUGUUCUUACAAGGGAGAAUCCCGAGCCCAUGCUAUUCCUCGAGGCUCGCAACAAUGUGCCUGUGCAGCCUACCUUCAAAUCACCCGUCACGGUGCUCGCCCGCAAGCCGCCUCCCCAAGUUCUAUCGCGAAAUGGCCCCACUGCCGGAAUGGCAGCCCUGAACCUAGAUGACGACGACGACAGCGAAGAGGAGAGACGGAAGAGGAGCGAAGCUGAGUUUGAAGAGCGCAAGGCUCGUGCACAAAGAGAGCGGGCGGAGAAAGAACGCAGAUACGCCGAAGCUCGGGAGAAGAUAUUCGGCUCGUCCGCCGCCUCGGAAGACUCUCGCGGUACCUCCCCGAACAAAUCCACCAGAGGCAAGGGCAAAGGGCGGGGCGGACGCGAUAGCCAACCAAGGUCAAGCAACGAAAACUCGCCGGCACGCCCGCCGAUUGCGGGCCGACAGCUGUACGACCCCUCGUACUCGUCCAAGCCAGGCUCGGUCUACAUACAGAAGAAAGAAUCCAGCAUAAGCCGGCCCGAGACGCCGAACGACCAGGAGAAACCAAUUCGUGAGCCCCGCGGACCGCAGGCCAUCGGUAGAGGUGGAAGGGGCUUUGCGCCGAGAGGGAAUCGUACAGGCACGAUUUCAUGA